AUGUUUUGCUCAGUUCAGAGAGGGUCCUGCUCCUCCUCCGGGGCCGUGGGCAGCAGGGUGUGCGCUGGCGGAAGCGCCUUCAGCGGUGGAAGUAGCUGUGGGCUUGGGGGAGGAUCUGCCCAGGGCUUCCAGCAAAGCAGCAGCAGCUGGAGCCUCAGUGGGGGCACCAAGGGUGGCUUCGGAAGUGGCCUCGGAGGGGGCUUUGGCAGCUGCUCGGUAAGGGGUGGAUUUGGAGCGGCCUCUGGCUUUGGUGGAGGUUCCGAAUUCUGUGGGGGCUCUGGCUUCGGCGGGGGUUCUACCGGAGGCUUCUGCAGCUAUAGAGGUAGCACGGGAGGCUGCCUUGGUGGUGUCGGUGGCGGCGAUGGGGGCCUUCUCUCUGGAAGCGAAAAGCAAACCAUGCAGAACCUCAACGACCGUCUGGCCAACUACCUGGACAAGGUCCGAGCCCUGGAGGAAGCCAACGCGGAGCUGGAGACGAAGAUCGAGCAAUGGUACAGCAAGCAUGGGUCUGGAAGAGGCGCAUCCAGAAGAGACUACAGCAACUACUACCGGGUCAUCGAAGACCUGAAGAACCAGAUCAUUUCAGCCACCAGUGAAAAUGCCAGAAAGACUCUGCAGAUAGACAAUGCCAGACUGGCUGCGGACGACUUCAGAAUGAAGUAUAAGCAUGAACUAUCGCUCCGGGGGGGUGUGGAGGCCGACAUCAACGGCCUUCGGAAAAUGCUGGACGACCUGACCAUGACUCGCUCGGACCUAGAGAUGCAUGUCGAGAGUUUGACUGAGGAACUGGUCUUCCUGAGGAAGAACCAUGAGGAGGAACUGAAGGGCAUGCAAGGAGGCUCAGGAGGGGACGUGACAGUAGAAAUGAACGCUGCCCCGGGAAUAGACCUGACCAAACUACUGAACGACAUGCGGGCUCAGUACGAGGCGAUGGCUGAGCAGAACCGCCUGGAAGCUGAGAAGCAGUUCAAUGAGCGGAGCGCAUCGCUGCAAGCCCAAAUCUGCACCGAUGCAGGGGCAGCCAGCUCCGCCAGGAAUGAGGUAAUGGAACUGAAACGCACCGUGCAAGCCCUGGAAAUUGAGCUUCAGUCCCAGCUGGCCCUGAAAUGCUCCCUGGAAGGGACCCUGGCCGACACAGAGGCAGGCUAUGUGUCUCAGCUGUCUGGGAUCCAGAUACAGAUUAGCAGCCUGGAGGAGCAGCUCUGCCAGAUCCGAGGCGAGACCGAGUGCCAGAACGCCGAGUACGAACACCUGCUGAACAUCAAGACACGCCUGGAGGAGGAGAUCGAGACCUACCGUCGCCUGCUCAACGGGGAGGGAGGUGGAUACGAUUAUUCAAACUUAAUAUCCAAGCAUAUGGUAUUGAGUGACGCAAGAUCGGGGAUCGGUUCUGACCAAAGAAAAGAUCCCAGCAAGACAAGAGUGACGAAGACCAUCAUAGAGGAGGUCGUGGAUGGCAAAGUUGUCUCCUCUCAAGUGAGCAACAUUUCCGAGGUGAAAAUAAAGUAA